AUGUCAUCGUUAAAAUCAACAACUUCUUCAGAACCCCCACCAGCAACAGAUGCACCGACUCAUGCAACAACCAGUGGUGCUCAGCUGCGUCGCAACUUCUCCAUCUUCUCGCUUCUCGGUAUUGGGUUUAGCAUCACCAACUCAUGGUUUGGUAUUAGUGCAGCUUUGGUGACCUCCAUAUAUUCGGGCGGACCUCUCAUGGUGGUUUAUGGUAUUAUAAUUGCCGCCUUCUUCUCGACAUUUGUCGGUAUCACACUCUCAGAACUAUGCUCUGCAUAUCCUCAUUCAGGUGGUCAACACUACUGGACAGUAGUUCUUGCUCCACGAAAAUACGCACCAUUUCUGGCUUAUAUGUGUGGCGCUCUGGCAUGGGCUGGCUCCGUGUUUUGCGCGUCUGCAGUUUCCAUGUCUAUAGCACAGGCCAUUGUUGGCAUGCAUGCUCUGCUUGCAGGACCUGACUUUGUUGUCAAAGACUGGAUGGUUUUUGUGACUUUCCAGUUGGUCAACAUUGUGUGCUUUUUAUUCAACUGUUAUGGCAAACUCUUGCCAUUUUAUGCAAAAGCUGCUCUUUAUAUCUCUUUAAUUUCUUACUUUACAAUUACAAUCACUGUUUUGGCAUGCUCUUCUGGAAAGUAUGAGGAUGCACGAUUUGUGUUUGUCCAAUUCAAUAACCAAACUGGCUGGUAUUCCUCAGGUAUUGCCUUUAUUGUGGGCCUCAUUAACCCAAGUUGGUGUUUUUCAUGUCUUGAUUCUGCCACUCACAUGGCUGACGAGACCACUGAACCUGAACGCAAGAUUCCAAUUGCCAUUAUGGGUACUAUUGCAAUUGGUUUUGUGACAUCCUUUACCUAUGUCAUUGCCAUGUUUUUCAGUCUUACUAACCUGGAGUCCAUUUACAACUCCAACACUGGCGUGCCAAUUCUUGACAUUAUGUUCCAGUCUUUAAACAAUAAGGGUGGCACAAUGUGGCUUAUGGUCAUGUUUCUGCUCACUGCCUUUGGCUGCAACUUAUCGGCUCAAACUUGGGCUACUCGUUUAGCAUGGUCCUUUUCUCGAGACAAUGGAUUACCUGGGUCUCAUUACUGGAGUCAGAUCCACCCUGCUUUGGGUGUUCCCUUGAAUGCCAACAUUUUGUCUUGUGUGUGGGUUGCCAUUUGUGGAUGCUUAUAUAUGGUUUCAACCACUGGUUUCAAUUCAUUGAUUACUGGUACUCUUACAUUUCUACUCUUAUCGUAUGCCAUCCCUGUGGUGUGUCUACUGAUUAAGGGCCGCAAAAACAUUAAACACGGACCCUUUUGGUUGGGACCUUUGGGGUUUGUUUCCAACAUUGUGACGCUCAUGUGGACCGUGUUUGCCGUCAUUUUCUUUUCUUUCCCAUUCAACAUGCCAGCUACUAAAGAUAACAUGAACUAUAUGUCGGUUAUUAUAGUGGGAUACAGUUUGUAUGCCAUCAUUUACUGGUUUUCAAGAGGACACAAGCUUUUCAAGACCGAAAUUACCCAUGAACAGUUAGUGGUUGAAAGUAAGGAUGAAAAGUUGGGUUUAGAGAAGAGUGAUAAUUUUAUGGUAAGCGAAAAUGAAAAGUCGGUUUAG